AGCACCCUCUCCCGGCGCCGCCUGCGAGCAGCCACGGCGAUUCGGGACUUUAUUAAUUAUUUUAUUUUAUUUUUUCCCCUCUUCUGCCUUCCCAGCUGGGGCGGCUCGUCCCGGCCCGACCCGUCCCGUCCCCUCCGGUGCCGCCGCUCUCCGCGGAAGCCGCCGCCCGUCCGUCGGGGGAUGACGGCGCGCCCCGCGCCCCGAGCCUGAGCGCCUCCGGGUUUCCAUGGGCGGCUCCGGCAGCGCCCUGCGCUGCUGCCCCGCCGGCGGCAAGAGGCAGCAAAAAGGCAAGCAACAGCAGGGAGCGCCAGGCCAGGAGCUCAGCGCCCGGAGGACAGAGAACGCCAAUGGAGCCGGCAAGGAGCAGGCAGCGCCGGGGGAGGAGCACGGUGAGGAGGGUGUGAAACUGCUCCAAGGACAGGAGGAGGAGGAGAGGCUGCGAGGAGCCCGGGGGGCAGAGGAUGAGGGACAGCGAGGCGUCAGCACCCAGGUGGAAAAGGGAAAGGACCUGGAGCUGAAGGAGAAGUUUGAUGCCCUGAGGAGAGAGCAUGAGGAGACCCUGCAAGAGCUCCAAAGAGUGCACGAGCAGGAGAAGCUGCUGCUGGCAGAGUCCCACCACAGGUCCCAGGAAGCCUUACAGGAGACCAUCGCCGCACUGAAGUCCCAGCUGCAGUCUUUCCAGGACAGGAUGAAGCGGGUGGAGGAAUCACUGCUGAGCAGGGACUACAAGAAGCACAUCGAGGAGCAUGGGAGCCCCAGCCCCUUCUGGGAGCAGGAGCUGGAGAGUCUGCACUUUGUCAUUGAGAUGAAGAAUGAGCAUAUCCACGGCCUGGACAAGAAGCUGCUGAACCUGGAGAGUGUGGCAGAGAGAAACCUUCUGCUGGAGGACAAGGUGAAGACCUUGCAGCAAGAGAAUGAGGACCUGCAGGUGCGCACCCAGAACCACCUGGUGAUGACAAGGCAGCUGUCAGAGGAGCUGCUGGCCAUCCGUGGGGCGCUGGAGAAGGAGUCGAAGCUGCGGGAGCAGGCUCACCACGAGAAGGAGGAGCUGCUGUACCGCGUGCUCAACGGGGGGGAUGGCUGCCCCUUCCCCAUCGCUGCCAGUGACGUGCCUCUCAUUGCCACGUAGCGCACAGCCCAGGGGGCAGCAUGGCUGUGAGUGCCCCCACUCUCCAGGGCUGGCCCUUGGGGUGGCCCUACGCAAUGGAGCACUUCCCAGGACGCCUGCACCUGCCUUUCCCUGGCCUCUGCUGCAGGGGGGGACACGCUGUGCCAUCCCCACACCCCUUUUCUGGGGGUGAGCGGGGUCAGCUGGAACACACAGAUGUGCAUGGGGGUUGGAUCUGACCUAGCGCUUGGCUCUGAGAAUAUCCAGCAUCAGUGCUGCCUGGAGGUGGGGUGGGCAUGGGAUGUGCUGGUCCCAUUCCCUGGGGCGGGCGGGCAGUCAGAUCCCUGCUGCCACCUCCAUCUCCAGCAUCAGCUCCCAGGGACCUUUCCCACGCCCAGGUAUGACCCUGCUCACUGCCACACUACAGCUGAGCCCUGCCUGCCCUGCUGCAAUCAGCCAGCACCACCAGCCCCAUCUUCUCUCCCAGUGCUGGGUAGAGAUGCACAUCUGGGAGCAGAGCAUCCUUCCACAGGAUGCCAGCAGGUCACAUCCCCCUGCUCCAAGCCAGGGGUCAUCAACAGGGCCGUGGGGCCACCGCACACAGAUGGACACAGGUAUGGGCUGGAUGCACACAGCACUUUCCCCUGGGCACACAUGAGUGCCAUGGAAG